AUGUUCAAUGUCGCAUUGGAUGAUGUUCGUGUACUGGAACAUGCAACUGUUAAAGUACCGUACGAAACAUUGAAUAAACGAUAUCGUCACGCACAGAAGCAGAUUGAUCGUGAUUCAGCUCAAUUGCUUGCGUCUGUUGGCGAACUAGACCGAUCGACACAGUCAGCGACAACACUCGAGACACUUAAACGAGUACUUGAACGUGCAAUAACAUUGAAACGAAAAGCUCGCGAAUUACGCGAUGAUGAAAUCGAAUGUUUACAAGCGGUUAAACGACGCGUGGAUCAUCUGAAGGAAUAUGAUAAAAGUUCCUUAUCGAAAAUGGAAAUUUGGCGACGACAACGCUACGAACGUAUACUCGUCGACUUUCUCUUCCGAACACGAUGCUUCGAAACCGCUCAAGCUCUGGCCAAAGCAACAGGCAUUGAGUUAAAGAUCAAAUGUCUGUCAACAAGGAGCCUUCCGACAUCAUUAAUACGAGUAGAUAAGACUGUUGAUAAGUAUUUCUUAGAACAAAGUAGACAUUACUUUCUACAAUUGGUCAAUUCAGAAAUCUAUCUGGCUGGGCGUGAAAUCGAGGACUCAUUGAUGCGCCGCGAUGUUUCCAAAUGUUUGGCUUGGUUCAACGAAAACAAAACGAAACUGAAGAAAAAUGGCAGUACUCUUGAUUUUUGUAUUCAUUUACAAGAAUUUAUUGAACUAGUCCGGAAAAAUCAAUCUUCCGAAGCCAUAGCACAUGCACGAAAGCAUUUGAACGGUCCUGUGCCAGAACAACAUCUAAGCGAAUUCCAAUCAGCUAUGGGUCUGCUAGUUUUAUCACAGAGAUCGAGACAGGAACUGAAUAAUGAGUAUCAAACAUUACUCGAUGAGAAUCGUUGGAAUAAAUUAAUCGAUCAAUUUCGUCUCGAUAUGUUUAAAUUGAAUCAAAUGGGCCAACAAAGUAAAUUCACAGCUGUUUUACAAAGUGGUCUAUCCGCUCUGAAAACACCAACAUGUUUUGAUAAAGUAUCGUCCGUAAAAAAUCCUAAUUGUCCUGUGUGUAAUGUUCAUUUAAAAACAACCGCUAAAGUCUUACCGUACGCACAUUGUUCCGUAUCGAAACUCAUCUGUGCACAAUCACGUGAACCGAUUAACGAAAGUAAUCCACCACUAAUGUUACCAAAUGGUUACGUUUAUGGCUCGAGAACUCUUCAAGCUAUGGCUGCAGUCAACAAUGGCAAGGUCACUUGUCCACGUACGAAAGAAACUUACGAUUUAUCACAAGCCGAAAAAGUGUAUAUCAUUCUUAAACCGGCCGGAUAUUGGUUUAAGCAACGCGGUUAUACAGAUUCAGCGUUAGAUCGUCGUACGGCAACAACAACAGGUCAAAUGCUCUAUCAAAUUGUUGAUCCUAGGCCGGCACAAAUCGAUUUCACGGAUAAUUUACCACCUACACCGCCUGCACCUUCUGUCGUUGCUGCUAAUCGGCGGCGAGAAACUUAUAAUAAUCGCUACUCGGAACAUGAUAAUCGAAACAUUAUACAGAAUUACGGCGAAUAUUUUGGUCGAGGCUUUGGUAAACGUCUUAUACCUCAAUCAGCACGUCACCGCCAAGAAUGGUCUCUUGCCCAUGAUCCUCUUCCAUUGCAUCCCGAUCGAAGUGUAACUCAACGAGACUAUCGUGGACUACCCACACUUGAAAAUCAACGUCUAUCAUCGACGUCUAUGUUGACACACGCUCGUCAAAAGUCGAGUGGUAGUUGGAUGAGAAGCUGCUAUGAUGACUAUGGACGAGACAUCGAGCACAUACCCAACGAAUUGAUUUAUCGUGAUGACUAUAAACGCAUGCCAAUCCAUCCAUGGCACUAUUGA